AGCUACUCAGGAGGUUCAGGCAGGAAAAUCGCUUGAACCCAGCAGGUGGAUGUUGCAGUGAGCCGAGAUUGCCUGGAUAUUUGUUAGGCAGUCCUAGAAGAACAAUACAGGAAUGCUGAGCGCAAUGAGCAUGCUUACAGUGUGGCAUGCUCACUCCAGCUUGGACUACAGAGCAACUCUGUCUCACCAAAAAAAAAAAAAAAAAAAAAGAGCAUAACAAGGCUGUGAGUAGAAAGGAGAGGGAAACAGCUGGGUAUGGUCUGAGCGUAUAAAACAAUCCAAAACAAAAAUUGCAAACUUUAUGAUGAAUAGGUUUUUAAGAAAUAGUUUGCUUUAGGACAAAAUAGUUGACUUGGAAGUUGGAAAUAGAGGAGCAAGUGAGUGAAUGGAUAUCCACUUUAUGACAUGAUAUACGCAAAAUAGUAAAAUUCACCUCUUUGGGAGGAAGUGCAUGUAUUUCCUAGCAUGGCUUGUUUGAGAUGUGUAAGCUGUGGUUAAUGAUGGCUGAUGGUCCCUUUGAAUUCCAGUCCUGGAGACCUCAGUGGCUGAGAGCAUGGACACCAGACAGACCACCCACUUACCGGCAAGUUAUGUCACCUCACCUGCCUCCCUCUCAUCAUCCGUAAAAUCAGAAUUAAAAUAGCACCUCCCUCAUAAAGUUGUGAGGAUUGAAAGAGUUAAUCUGCAUAAAUGGCUUAGAACAGUGCACAGGGUGGAUAAUAGAAGUCUUAGUUGUUUUUACCAUCAUGACUAUCACCAUCAUCAUGUGCAAAUGAGGGAGACCCAGGAAGUGUAAAUUAUUAUUCCAGAAAGAGGUGGUCCCACGGGGAGGAAGUGAAGGCAAAGUUGGCCAUUUGCUUGAAAGUAAGUCUGUAAAACGAAUAUUAAAACACUUGCUCUCCGAGCACAGGGAGUUUUUAAAAAGGCGUGGGGGUUGGGGUAGACUCAGAGUCUCUCUACUGCUUUGGGCAGAUUCCAGAUUCUGAGAGUAAACUAUAUGGGGACCCAUGUGACACUCCCUCUUUGAGAUUCACUGGGUCCUAGGUCCUACGUCCUACCGACUCAGCUCCCCAUCCAACAGCCAUGCACAUUGCAGGCCCUCAGUCAACACUGGUUGACCAAGGAGUAAGGAACAAACCGACUGGGAUUGACUUGUCUGGUGCCACUCCCUGCCCUGAAAGGCAAGCCCUGGGAGCUCCCGGCCCCGAAAGGACGUGGAGCCUGGCGGGAGACUCCUGGAAGUGCGUGAAUAGCAAGCAGAGCGUGGCGCGCCCGCUUUACAAGGUUAGCAUAUUCACAAGAACCCGCUCGGAAGGCCGAGUCCUUGAUGACCAAUUGAUUAAGUAGCUGUGUGCUUUCUUUCCAGCGCACUUAUUUGGUGAUCCCGAUUGGCGUCCGCACAGCCGCCACCCUCACCCUCGCUUAAGGAUAAAAAGCAAACCGAUUUGGCAUGUAGGCACCGUUUGAAAAACAACUUUGCACUCUAGUUAUUGGGCAAAAAGCUCCACCUUCCCACGUUGCUGAUAAUAUUUCUCGCGGCUGCGUGGGACACUCUUCGUCUUACCCAUGAGAGCGAGCUGCCUUCUGUCUGGUUGGGCGACUCCCGCAGGGCCCGAGCCUCCGCAGAGCCCGGAGUUCAGGGGGAAAAAAGGAGCCGCAGAUUCUUUAAUAAUGGAAGAACAGCAAACCAGAAGAUUAACAGAAUUGGGGAUAAUAUAAUGCAUUUAAUUGUCUCAUGGCCCAUGUUCUAGAACUGCAUCCUCGGUCUCUGUCCCAGUACAGACAUCUAUAGCACCUCCUCAGUAACUGACGGUGAUGCUCCUUUCCCUAUGCUGUUUAUACCAUCAGCCUGGGGUUUUCAUUGGAGGUGACACGAAGAACAAUAAGAAUAUAAGGUCAUCUAGGCAAGAAACUUGUCUUUCUGCUCCUCUGCAUGACUCCUGGAGUGCUGUGGGAGUGCCGAGGAACCGCAUCUGACUGAAUCAUCCUCCCACCUAAUGGUCUCACUCCAGAACAUCCCCUGGGCUUGGCAAUGAGCGAGUCACCAAGGGAGAAUCAGUGACUUCAUUGAAAUCAAGGAGCUCUAGUAGCAGGAUGUUAGCUUAUUCAACUAGAUCAGGAUGCUUUUUAAUGAGUUUGUCUUUAUAUUGAUCUUCUUAACUGAUGAUUCUUCUUAGUAAGGCUUUAGAUAGAAGCAAAAUCCCUGAUAUUUCUAGAUCAAUAAGCUCUUCAUAUCCUAUUUCUCAAACUGAUAUGUAAUAAUACAAAGUUUAAGAACUUUAAGGUGGCCUGAAGAGGGAAUAUUCUCCGCAUGAAGAGAAAUUUCACCCGGAAAGUUUUCUAAAACAAUUAGCAAUUCUCUGUGCUUAAAUUGUGUCACAGAUAACUGUAAGAACAAAUGAAUCGAUAAAGUCAUCGGUGACAGGAUACGGGACAGGAGUAACUGAUGGCAGAAUCCCUCAGGAUGAGCUUGCUUUCUCUUCCUUGAAUUGAUUCUAUGGGCUGGAAGACUGACUAAUCUCUUCAUUAGCUCAUUGAUGGGUCUCAGCCUCUGACUACAGAAACGGAAUGUGAUUCCUCACCCAGCAUUCCUCCAGGCUCAUUCUCCAUGGAAAUCACCUCUUAAACAGGGUGGAAGAUCUCCUCGACCAUGUUUGGAGUCCCUUCCUGUUCCUGUUCUAGGACAUUUAGAGAAGACAUGAAUGAAGAUAUUCAAAUGUUAUUUUAAACAUACCCUACAGCAGAAAGUUUUCAUCCUGUUUUUAACCCUAUGGCUGCUCUCCUUGUUAAAGCUUCUAAACGUGAGACGGCUCUUUCCGCAAAAAGACAUUUACUUGGUUGAGUACUCCCUAAGCACCUCGCCUUUUGUAAGAAACAGAUACACUCAUGUUAAGGAUGAAGUCAGGUAUGAAGUUAACUGUUCGGGUAUCUAUGAACAGGAGCCUUUGGAAAUUGGCAAGACUCUGGAAAUAAGAAGAAGGGACAUCAUUGACUUGGAGGAUGAUGAUGUUGUGGCAAUGACUAGUGACUGUGACAUUUAUCAGACUCUAAGAGGUUAUGCUCAAAAGCUUGUUUCAAAGGAAGAGAAAAGCUUCCCAAUAGCCUAUUCUUUGGUUGUCCACAAAGAUGCGAUUAUGGUUGAAAGGCUUAUCCAUGCUAUAUACAACCAGCACAAUAUUUACUGCAUCCAUUAUGAUCGUAAGGCACCUGAUUCCUUCAAAGUUGCCAUGAACAAUUUAGCUAAGUGCUUCUCCAAUAUUUUCAUUGCUUCCAAAUUAGAGGCUGUGGAAUAUGCCCACAUUUCCAGACUCCAAGCUGAUUUAAAUUGCUUGUCGGACCUUCUGAAGUCUUCAGUCCAGUGGAAAUAUGUUAUCAACCUGUGUGGGCAAGAUUUUCCCCUGAAGUCAAAUUUUGAAUUAGUGUCAGAGUUGAAAAAACUCAAUGGAGCAAAUAUGUUGGAGACAGUGAAACCCCCGAACAGUAAAUUGGAAAGAUUCACUUACCAUCAUGAACUCAGACGGGUACCUUAUGAGUAUGUGAAGCUACCAGUAAGGACAAACGUCUCCAAGGAAGCACCGCCCCAUAACAUUCAGAUAUUUGUUGGCAGUGCUUAUUUUGUUUUAAGUCAAGCAUUUGUUAAAUAUAUUUUCAACAACUCCGUCAUUCAAGACUUUUUUGCCUGGUCUAAAGACACAUACUCUCCUGAUGAGCACUUUUGGGCUACCUUGAUUCGGGUUCCAGGAAUACCUGGGGAGAUUUCCAGAUCAGCCCAGGAUGUGUCUGAUCUGCAGAGUAAGACCCGCCUUGUCAAGUGGAAUUACUACGAAGGCUUUUUCUAUCCCGGUUGUACUGGAUCUCACCUUCGAAGCGUGUGUAUUUAUGGAGCUGCAGAAUUAAGGUGGCUUAUCAAAGAUGGACAUUGGUUUGCUAAUAAAUUUGAUUCUAAAGUGGACCCUAUCUUGAUUAAAUGCUUGGCAGAAAAGCUUGAAGAACAACAGAGAGACUGGAUCACUUUGUCCUCAGAAAAGUUAUUUAUGGAUAGAAAUCUCACAACCACAUCAUGAUAGUAAAAUCAGGAUGGAAAUAAGAGGGUAUGUGAUAAAUUGAGUCAGUAUGGAAUUGAACACUAUACUAUGCCCAAUACUGUUUAAACUCAGUCCUCCCAUACUUUAAAAGGUGUCCAAAAUUCCAUGCACAAGGGAAAGUGAGCUAGCCAUUGAUGAUAUUAGCCUGCAGUUGGCUAGGUUUUUUUAAUGUUUGUUUUUGCUUGUAAUCUCACUGAGCUAAGUCAGAGAUCUUAAACUUUCAGUUAGUCCUCAAACAUCAUUGAGCACCUAACUGUAUGACAAGCACUUUUUUAGAGACUGUGGCUUAUCCUCAUCAUGGCAAUCUCGGUAUCUUUAAGUUCUCCACAUAACAGUCAGGAUUCUACUGAAGUAAUCAUCCGAUCAUAUAAACCACCCAUUUCAGAGUAGUGUUUAAGUACUGUGACCAACACUCCACUUGUCUCUUAACUUACCUUCCAAGAUAUUUCUUAACCAUUAGAGCAGAGGAGAAAAGACUCACUACCUCAGAAAAAUCUCAAAGAAUAGUCCAAUUUCCUGCUUGCCAAAGCAUAAUCUGCCUUUUGGUGCAUUACUUGGUUAAUUCAGGGUUGAGGAGACUGUUGGGGGGCAUUUAUAGUGUAUGAAAGUUCAGGAAGGGGGUGAGGAUAUGGGUUGGGACAGGUAGUACCUAAAGAGGAGCAAAGGGAUUUAUACAAUAUUUUUAUCAUGUUACAAAACAGUAUCAUGAAUGGCCUUUUUAGUUCAACUGUUUCUUUAAAAUGCAUUUACUGAUUAAAAAUAAGAACUGACCAAUAGCUCCAAGUGUCGCACACCAGAACAUUAAGCCUAAGUCUUCAAUUUGUAAGUUAUCAUUCUAGAUAAGUUUCUUUACAAUGGAAUACUUUCUAUGGAAUCAUUAUAAUUCUGUUUUAUGGAACUAUCAAUCUAAGAGUCACUAAACUUUCUUGAAAAGGUUGUGUGAAAUAUGACAGCUUUCUAAAUUAAUUGUUACAGUCAUUUAAAAUUUUUUCUUCUCUGGCAACUGUCCAACUGGAAUCCAGAUUUAAAGUGAUGAAAGCUCUAAGUUUCUCGCAGUCUUUUUCUCAGCUUAGUUCCAGAGGAAAACAAAAAAAACUAAUUUUCCUAAGGACACAGCAAGAAUAUUCAUUAAGGAUAUUUUCUAAACCCCACACUUGAGAAAACCACCAAAUGAGUAAUAUACACACACACACACACACACACACACACACACGUGUGUGUAAUGGAAUUGUUCUAAAAGUAAAAUGUGGUAGGAAUGGUGUUCUGAGAAUAGGCGAGAACAUUUUCACUAGUCUCUUGGGAAAUUGUAGAACUCAUGUAAAAAUUUCUUGGUCAUCAUAUGUCUCAAUGGCAGCCUCAGUAAAUAAAGAUGUAGCCUCAGAUAUUAAUUUAAAGAUGUAGUAAAUCAAGGCCAAAGUAGGACAAUUUGGAAGAUUUAAGUAUUACAUAUUUUGAAAUGUCUGUGUUCUAAAUGUGAAAUGCACUUUGCUCAUUUUAAAGUUCAUAAUACUAACUGCCAACUGACACCACUUCUUGUUGCCUUUCUUCUCUUGAACUCAUUUUUCUCCCUUUUUAUUUACCGCCUUCAAAUUACUUCAUUCUUCAGAAAUAACUAUUUCCAAGCCCCAUUCUUCAGAAUAAGUAAACAUUGUAUAGAGCUAAGUUCUGCAAAAGAUCCAUACCAGUUCACUCGUGUGUGACCAUGAACAGGUAAGUCACUUUGGUCUCUAUGAACCUCAGUUUUCCAGAUAUUUGAAAUGAGCACUUGGAUGCCUAUCCUUGCUUCUUCCACACAAGUUUUGGGGUUUUUUUUGUGUGUGUGUGAGAAUCGAUUGAAAUAGUAUAUGAAGUGGUAUGAAAAUAGGUACAAACUAUUGACAUUUCAAUGUCAGAGCGUGAUACCUGUAGGAGUAUAAGGCAAACAAAGGUCCAACCCCAUUGAAAGACUUAAACAUUUACCUUUUCUGAAAAACUAUUGAAAUAUAAAAAGAGGCCCCAGUCACAGGGGCAACUUCUGUAACCAAAUCUAGAUCUGAGGAAACUCCUGUAACCCCAUUUAGGGUUUCUUUCUAAGCCAAUAGGGUUACAGGUUGGUACAGUGACUUACAUUGAGAAUUGGGCUACAGAUACUUUUCCCACCAUCUAGGAUGAAAUACAUGAGAUCCUGUUGAAAUCUUGGUUUUUAUGGCUUUGGUCAUCAGAAUAAACGUAAAUGCUGGAAAACAAAUAACCUCCUGAUCCAGUGUCUUGCCUGCUGGUGAGAACUUAUUCUAUCCCCUGUUUAUUGGGAAAUUUCCGAAGUUGUUCAUCACUUAAAUGCCAUAUUCAAAGGGAACAUGGAAGGAUGAAGCGGAGAAAGUGCCUUUGAGACAUUCACACAUUUCUCUGGACUCAGUCUGUUAACAUUUCAGGGAGCUUGUCAGAUCACACCUUUUUGCCUUGGAAAUCCUACAGAUUUCCUGUACGCCUUCAUAUCUGAUUCUUCCCUAAAACCUUUGGGUAUGAUUUCCUCCCUGGUCUUAAGAAUGUCCUGCAGUCUGUGUUUUAUAAUUAUUCUUCGUAUUUAUUGAAUCUAGACUUUAAGUUAUUCAGAGAUCAGACCAGAACCUUAGAGUUUCUAAAUGGUAUGUGGAUAUUAAACAAUAUUAAUAAUGAAAGAGCUACCAAAACAGUCUAUAUUGUGUGAACAAUCUCUUGUGAUAUUAGACGUAUUUAAAGACCAGUGUUGCUGCUAUUUUUAAUAUUUUGGUUAAUUUAAGUGAAAUGUACAUACUUAAAUUUGAAGAUUUAUCUUGCCUUUCAGAAUGUGAAGAUAUACUUGCAUAUAUUUUGACAUAUUUCAUGGAAAAUAAAAAUGAUAAUCCACUUUGUGAAUGUAAGUGAAUGUAUUCUUAUGUAUGUUAUUAUAAAUGAUUUUUGUUUGCAUUGAUGAUGAAAUGAGAGUUUUUAUACAUGUCUCUAAAUCUCCUACUAUGUUUUCUUAUCAUUUUUGAACUACAGUUCCCAUUAUGAGAGUUUUAAAUAGAUUGGUGUUUCAUUUUGUAUUAUGCUACUAUUAGAUGUUGAUUCUCUGGUAUUGUAAAAUAAAAUAUGCUCCAAAAACCCAAA